AUGAGGAGGAGAGGAGAGGAGGACAGGAGGAAGAGAGGAGAGGCGAGGAGAAGAGGAGAGGAGGAGAAGAGGAGGAGAGGAGAGAGGAGAAGAGGAGAAGAGGAAAGGAGGAGAGGAAGAGAGGAAGAGAGGAGGAGAGAGGUGAUAAUAUAUGAGGCGUAGAGCUGUCUUCUGUAGGAGAGAUGAGCGGACACGGGUCAGUGCUUCUCUCUCUCUGGGGAUGGAUGGCUGAGUACAGCAUCUGCAGGCCUGUAUAGCCUGCAGGAUUACUAAUAUAAAAUUGGAGGAUCAAAUCAUGUCUAAUAAAAAGACAAAAGUGUGUGUUCCUUUCAAGAAAUACACAGCUCAUGUAAUACAGUAGUUUUCCAAUGCCUCCCAUGCCAUUGAUUAGUGCUGGGGGCAUGUCCUUCAAUAUAAGAGGAACCCUUAUCACUAUCUAUUUGUCCUCAUACUAUUUAGCAUCUUUAUCACUUAGAAGAUCUACAGCUGUACCAUUGAGAGCAUAUUGACUGGCUGCAUCACUGCCUGGUAUGGCAUUAGCACCGCCCUCGAUCGCAUGGUGCUACAGAGGGUGGUGCGCACAGCCCAGUAGAUCACUGGGGCAGAGCUCCCUGCCAUUCAGGACAUCUAUAUCAGGCGGUGUGGUAGGAAGGCCCGGAAAAUCGUUAAAGACUCCAGCCACCCAAGCCAUAGACUCUUCUCUCUGCAUCCGCACAGCAAGCAGUACCGGUGCAUCAAGUCUGGCACCAACAGGCUCUUGAACAGCUUCUAUCCCCAAGCAAUAAGACUAAUAAAUAGCUAACAAAAUAACUACACAGACUAUCUGAGUUAAUCUUGUGUCUUUAUUGAACUUUUAUUUUUGCACUGUCUCUGCACACUCACAGGGCCAUACACACACACACCAUCAUCUGCUCACACACAUAAUAUGCACAUACAUUUAUGCUGACUCUACACACACGCACACCCACUCACAUUCAAACUGCUGCUACUCUGUUUAUCUUAUAUCCUGAUGCCUAGUCACCUUACCCCUAUACAUAUCUACCUCCAUCACGCCAGUAUCCCUGCACAUUGUAAAUAUGGUAUUGGAACUGACACUGCAUAUAGUAUGCUUACUUACUUAUUAUGUUCUUCAUAUUUCUGUUUUUUUCUAGUAUUACAUUGUUAUUGAUCAUUGAAUUGUUGGGUUUUGAGUUUGCAAGAAAGGCAUUUCAGUGUAAUUGUUCAUGUGACAUUAAAAACUUGAAACUUGAGAUGAAACUUCACCUCAGUGAGGUACAUGUCUGAGGUCACUGGGCAGGCUGCUGUGAGUUGACCUCAGCCUCAGGACAUGGAUAUGAGUCAGACUGAGAGAGAGACAGAGCACGACUCCAGACUGUCUGCUUAGAACAACACUGGCAUCUAGUAGCUUGGUAAUGUAUUGAAUAUGUUCAAUGACAUCCUUAUAGAUGGAAUGAGCUGCUGUUUCUAAGUACAUGAAGAGGAUUCUGUGUGCAUGCUAUUAUCAUGAUAGGUAAUGGUGCUGUCAAGAGCCAUGGACCUGCGACUAAAGAGACAUUCCGGAUUCUAUUCUGGAUCCUUUGGAAUGGAACACGAAGGGUGUCUUAGCCAUAGAAAUAGACUGAAUAGAACGGCCGUCCCCAUUCAAGUCAAUGAUGACAUAAUGGGUGGACUGGCGACUAUUGCGAGUGUACCCAGAGGAGCAAAGCAGGAAGUAAAAGCAGGAAGUAAAAGCAGGAAGUGUACCCAUUAAUAUGUGCUGUGAUUUGUUGAUUCAACUCAACUAACAUUCCAAAAAAUAAAUGAUAUUGCAUGAGCCACAUCAGUUAACAUCAUUACCAUGGAAAUUAUCGCAUCACAAUACCAGGCAGCCAUUGCGAGUGUGACCAUAGGUUUUCCAGUCAAAUUGCCAGGGUUAGAGGUUCCAAGCCCGUUCUAUUCAUUCUAUUUCUAUAGUCACAGCGCUACCCACAAUAUAGAGUGAUGAUGUUACAAUGAAUGAAAUGCUCCUGACUAUCAAAUUGAAUGUUGAACCAUAGGGCUUCCACUACCGCCAAGCAACAUCAGGAAAGGCAAAGUAUAAAGUCAAACUGGGUCCGAGAGGAGUCGUUUCCUCUGGGUACAGAUCUAGGGUCAGCUUCCCCUCCUCCAAUCCUAACCUUAACCAUUAGUGUGGAAAAUGCUAAACUGACCCAAGAUCAGUGUCUAGGGACAUCUCCAGCCACACCUCAGUGAAACACACAGAUCAGCUCUGUCAUCAUUAGUUCUGUGUCAGUGCUGCUCCAUGGCCAUGGCUGAUGGGUUUGAUUGAUUUCUAUUUUGAUCGUUUAUGACUUGAUGAUUUAUAGAGGACCCCUGUUCAUUUAUCCUUUUAACACACACUCUGGCUCCGACUUGUUAUUCUGAGACUGCCUACACUGCCUAUGACUUAGGUUGUGUCCAGAAUGGCGCCCUAUAUAAAGCACUACUUUUGGUUUGUGGAGCCUUAUUUGCCCUUAGACAUAAAAUAGGCAAACUGUUGUACUUGCACAGGUCAAACCUCAAGUUAUACCCUGCCCUCCUCCUUCCCUCCUCUCAUCCUCUGCCCUCACUUCCAACGAUGAUGCUCCGUCGCCCCCAAAGGUCAGAGUUCAAGAGGGAAGGACGUGGACUGUGAUGAAAUCACAAGCUGAGUUUGGGAUCGAGUCAGCACUCCAGCGAUGGCCCUCUCAGCCCAGAGUGACCAGUCAGACCACUAGUCAGACCACCACCAGUCAGACCACUAGUCAGACCACCACCAGACAAGCCACCACCAGUGUCUCCAGCAGCUCUAAUUUUUAUGAUAACAAUGACAAUUGACAAUAUAAUAACUAUAACCAUGGUGAUGAGGAUGAUACCAAACAUUAAGAACACCUGCUCUUUCCAUAACAUAGACUGACCAGGUGAAUCCAGGUAAAAGCUAUGAUCACUUACUGAUGUCACUUGUUAAAUCCACUUCAAAUCAAAUCAAAAAAAUUUAUUGGUCACAUGCGCCAAAUACAACAGGUGCAGACAUUACAGUGAAAUGCUUACUUACAGCCCUUAACCAACAGUGCAUUUAUUUUAAACAAAAAAAGUAAGAAUAAAACAACAACAAAAAAAGUGUUGAGAGAAAAAGAGCAGAAGUAAAAUAAAGUGACAGUAGGGAGGCUAUAUAUACAGUAAAAUAAAGUGACAGUAGGGAGGCUAUAUAUACAGGGGGGUACCGUUGCAGAGUCAAUGUGCGGGGGCACCGGCUAGUUGAGGUAGUUGAGGUAAUAUGUACAUGUGGGUAGAGUUAAAGUGACUAUGCAUAAAUACUUAAUCAGAGUAGCAGCAGCGUAAAAAGGAUGGGGUGGGGGGGCAGUGCAAAUAGUCCGGGUAGCCAUGAUUAGCUGUUCAGGAGUCUUAUGGCUUGGGGGUAGAAGCUGUUGAGAAGUCUUUUGGACCUAGACUUGGCACUCCGGUACCGCUUGCCGUGCGGUAGCAGAGAGAACAGUCUAUGACUAGGGUGGCUGGAGUCUUUGACAAUUUUGAGGGCCUUCCUCUGACACCGCCUGGUAUAGAGGUCCUGAAUGGCAGGGAGCUUUGCCCCAGUGAUGUACUGGGCCGUACGCACUACCCUCUGUAGUGCCUUGCGGUCAGAGGCCAAGCAGUUGCCAUACCAGGCGGUGAUGCAACCAGUCAGGAUGCUCUCGAUGGUGCAGCUGUAGAAUUUUUUGAGGAUCUGAGGACCCAUGCCAAAUCUUUUUAGUCUCCUGAGGGGGAAUAGGCUUUGUCGUGCCCUCUUCACGACUGUCUUGGUGUGUUUGGACCAUGAUAGUUCGUUGGUGAUGUGGACACCAAGGAACUUGAAGCUCUCAACCUGUUCCACUACAGCCCCGUCGAUGAGAAUGGGGGCGUGCUCAGUCCUCUUUUUUUUCCUGUAGUCCACAAUCAUCUCCUUUGUCUUGGUCACGUUGAGGGAGAGGUUGUUGUCCUGGCACCACACGGCCAGAUCUCUGACCUCCUCCCUAUAGGCUGUCUCAUCGUUGUCGGUGAUCAGGCCUACCACUGUUGUGUCGUCGGCAAACUUAAUGAUGGUGUUGGAGUCGUGCCUGGCCAUGCAGUCAUGGGUGAACAGAGAGUACAGGAGGGGACUGAGCACGCACCCCUGAGGGGCCCCCGUGUUGAGGAUCAGUGUGGCAGAUGUGUUGUUACCUACCCUUACCACCUGGGGGCGGCCCGUCAGGAAGUCCAGGAUCCAGUUGCAGAGGGAGGUGUUUAGUCCCAGGAUCCUUAGCUUAGUGAUGAGCUUAGAGGGCACUAUGGUGUUGAAUGCUGAGCUGUAGUCAAUGAAUAGCAUUCUCACGUAGGUGUUCCUCUUGUCCAGGUGGGAAAGGGCAGUGUGGAGUGCGAUAGAGAUUGCAUCAUCUGUGGAUCUGUUGGGGCGGUAUGCAAAUUGGAGUGGUUCUAGGGUUUCUGGGAUUAUGCUGUUGAUGUGAGCCAUGACCAGUCUUUCAAAGCACUUCAUGGCUACAGACGUCAGUGCUACGGGUCGGUAGUCAUUUAGGCAGGUUAUCUUAGAGUUCUUGGGCACGGGGACUAUGGUGGUCUGCUUGAAACAUGUUGGUAUUACAGACUCAGUCAGGGACAUGUUGAAAAUGUCAGUGAAGACACUUGCCAGUUGGUCAGCACAUGCUCGGAGUACACGUCCUGGUAAUCCGUCUGGCCCUGCGGCCUUGUGAAUGUUGACCUGCUUAAAAGUCUUACUCACAUCGGCUACGGAGAGCGUGAUCACAUAGUCAUCCGGAACAGCUGGUGCUCUCAUGCAUGCUUCAGUGUUGCUUGCCUCGAAGCGAGCAUAGAAGUGGUUUAGCUCGUCUGGUAGGCUUGUGUCACUGGGCAGCUCGCGGCUGUGCUUCCCUUUGUAGUCUGUAAUAGUUUUCAAGCCCUGCCACAUCCGACGAGCGUCAGAGCCAGUGUAGUAUGAUUCAAUUCAAUCAGUGUAAAUGACAGGUUAAAGAAGGAUUUUUAAGAAUUUAGACAAUUGAGACAUGGAUUGUGUAUGUGUGCCAUUCAGAGGGUGAAUGGGCAAGACAAAAUAUUUAAGUGCCUUUGAACGGGGUACGGUAGUAGGCGCUGGGUUUUUCACGCUCAACAGUUUCCCGUGUGUAUCAAAAAUGGUCCACCACCCAAAGGACAUCCAGCCAAUUUGACACAACUGUGGGAAGCAUUGGAGUCAACAUGGGCCAGCAUCCCUGUGGAACGCUUUCAACCCCUUGUAGAGUCCAUGCCCCGACGAAUUGAGGCUAUUCUGAUAUUAGGAAAGUGCACAUUUUAUAUUUUCCUCUCCCACCUACAGACGUAUGACCCGUUUGUAACCCCAUUGGACGUCAACCCUCUGGGCCUGUCAGGUACGCAGUCCGAGAGUGCCAUCAUCUGGCACGAGAUCACCAACGGGGAGAGAUUCUUCUACGGCGCUCACGUGGGCAGCGAGACACACAAUGUGGAGUUCAAGAGAGGAGGAGGUCGGGGUCAUAGGUCAUAUGAUAUACAGUCGGGUCCAAUAUUAUUGGCACCCUUGAUAAAGAUAAACAAAAAAUACUGAGCUAUAUUGUAUGCUCCCAAAAAAUUGGGAAAUUAUAUUAUUUUAUACUAAUACAAUUGCUCACAGAAAUAGAUUUUUGUUUAACAAGUAAUAAAACAAAUUUGCAAAAAGAAAGGUGCCAAAUUAUUGGCACCCCUGUUUUCAAUACUCUGCCACCUUCCCUUUACGAUGAUAAUGGCCCUGAGCCUUUUUCUAAAAAGUUGUAUGAGAUUUAUGAUCUUAGACCAUUCCUCCACACAGAAUCUUUCCAGAUCCUUGAUAUCCUUUGUCUUAGCUUAUGGACUGCCCUCUUCAAUUCAAACCACAGGUGGCUAUCCCUGGAGACUGAGCUAGCCAUUGCAAAAUGUUGAUUUUGUGGUAAAAUAUAGAUGUUGGAUCUUAACCUGAUCACUCUUUUGUCUCAGUGAAUUUUCCUGCUGCAUUAGUAAAUUAAAUUGAGGUGUGCUCUUCACGGAUGAAUCCCAGUUUCAACUGUACCGGGCAGAUGGCGUAGUGUGGGCGAGCAGUUUGCUGAUGUCAACAUUAUGAACAGAGUGCCCCAUGGUGGAGGUUGGGUUAUGGUAUGGGCAGGCAUAAGCUACAGACAACAAACACAAUUGCAUUUUAUCGAUGGCAAUUUGAACGCACAGAGAUACCGUGACGAGAUCCUGAGGCCCAUUGUCAUGCCAUUCAUCGCCACCAUCACCUCAUGUUUCAGCAUGAUAAUGCACAGCCCCAUGUUGCAAGGAUCUGUACAUAAUUCCUGGAAGCUGAAAAUGUCCCAGUUCUUCCAUGGCCUGCAUACUCACCAGAAAUGUCACCCAUUGAGCAUGUUUGGGAUGCUCUGGAUCAAUGUGUACAACAGCAUGUUCAAGUUCCCGCCAAUAUCCAGCAACUAUGCACAGCCAUUGAAGAGGAGUGGGACAACAUUCCACAGGCAACAAUCAACAGCCUGAUCAACUCUACGCAAAGGAGAUGUGUCGUGCUGCAAAUGGUGGUCACACCAGAUACUGACUGGUUUUCUGAUCCACGCCCCUACUUUUUUUAAAGGUAUCUGUGACCAACAGAUACAUAUCUGUAAUCCCAGUCAUGUGAAAUCCAUAGAUUAGGGCCUCAUGAAUUUAUUUAAAUUGACUGAUUUCCUUAUAUGAAGUGUAACUCAGUAAAAUCUUUGAAAUUGUUGCAUGUUGCGUUUAUAUUCUUGUUCAGUAUAGAUAAAUCACCCUUAGUCUGUUCAAAAAGAACAAAAUUGUUGCGAUUACAAUACCAGCCAGAAGGCGAACGUAUCUUGAAGCAGGACUAAGGUAACACCAACAUCAUAUUUAAGGGCGCUGAAAUGAGGUGAUCAAUAAUGGUUGCAAUUGAAAUCAGCUGUGCGGGUGAAUUUAGCGUGUAUUGAUGGUUUAAGGAGACAUCAGCUGGCGAUAAUCUAGUACCAUCGAUGGUUGCAAUAGGCCCAUUGUUAUUUGAUUAUAUUCCAAUAGGCUACAUUUUGUAGGCUACCUGUUAGCCUAUCAAUUGUCACAUAAUGAAAGGUGUGAAAACCGAUAAUAGGUUAUUGUGUUUCCCUGGCUGAGUUGAUGAGCUGAUUUGGGCCCUCAGUUGAUUGACAGAUGUAGGCCUACUGUAGAAUGAUAAACUUUCCUCCAGUGUGGAUGCUCGUCCAUGUUUUAUAUUUAGGCUAUGAAUAAUUUGUCAAUAUAGUUCUGGUCUUUCAUGUGGAUUGAAAGGCUGUAUUGUGUAGCUUUAAUAAUUCAUUUCGUAAAACUGUACAAAAUGUUUAUGCAUUUGAACCUAUCCGAAGAGGAUUUCAUUGAGCUGACACAUUCUUCUUUGAUGUUCAAUUGAUCAGACUAUUCGUUUAACUUCUUGAAAUAAAUACAAUUCAUUUGUGAGCUUAAUGCAGGCUCAGGCUGGUCACUAUGCACUUCAUCAAUAAGUGCAUUGAUUACAUCGUCCCCACAGUGACCGUACGUACAUACCCCAAACAGAAGCCAUGGAUUACAGGCAACAUCCACACUGAGCUAAAGGGUAGAGCUGCCGCUUUCAAGGAGCGGGACUCUAACCCGGACACUUAUAAGAAAUCCCGCUAUGCCCUACGACGAACCAUCAAACAGGCAAAGAGUCAAUACAGGACUAAGAUUGAAUCGUACUACACCGGCUCUGAUGCUCGUCGGAUGUGGCAGGGCUUGAAAACUAUUGCAGACUACAAAGGGAAGCACAGCUGCAAGCUGCCCAGUGACACAAGCCUACCAGACGAGCUAAAUCACUUCUAUGCUCGAUUCGAGGCAAGCAACACUGAAGCAUGCAUGAGAGCAUCAGCUGUUCCGGAUGACUAUGUGAUCACGCUCUCCGUAGCCGAUGUGAGUAAGACUUUUAAGCAGGUCAACAUUCACAAGGCCGCAGGGCCAGACGGAUUACCAGGACGUGUACUCCGAGCAUGCGCUGACCAACUGGCAAGUGAUCCUGGUUCGAAUCCAGGCUCUGUCGUAGCUGGCCGCGACCGGGAGACCCAUGGGGCGGCGCACAAUUGGCCCAGCGUCGUCCAGGGUAGGGGAGGGAAUGGCUGGCAGGGAUGUAGCUCAGUUGGUAGAGCAUGGCGUUUGCAAUGCCAGGGUUGUGGGUUCGAUUCCCACGGGGGGCCAGUAUGAAAAAUAACAAAAAUAAUGUAUGCACUCACUAAACUGUAAGUCGCUCUGGAUAAGAGCGUCUGCUAAAUGACUAAAAUGUAAAUGUAAGUGUCUUCACUGACAUUUUCAACAUGUCCCUGACUGAGUUUGUAAUACCAACAUGUUUCAAGCAGACCACCAUAGCCCCUGUGCCCAAGAACACUAAGAUAACCUGCCUAAAUGACUACCGACCCGUAGCACUCACGUCUGUAGCCAUGAAGUGCUUUGAAAGGCUGGUCAAGGCUCACAUCAACACCAUUAUGCCAGAAACCCUAGACCCACUCCAAUUCGCCCCAACAGAUCCACAGAUGAUGCAAUCUCUAUUGCACUCCACACUGUCCUUUCCCACUUGGACAAGAGGAACACCUAUGUGAGAAUGCUAUUCAUUGACUACAGCUCAGCAUUCAACACCAUAGUGCCCUCAAAGCUCAUCACUAAGCUAAGGACCCUGGGAGUAAACACCUCCCUCUGCAACUGGAUCCUGGACUUCCUGACGGGCCGCCCCCAGGUGGUAAGGGUAGGUAACAACACAUCUGCCACGCUGAUCCUCAACACGGGGGCCCCUCAGGGGUGCGUGCUCAGUCCCCCAGUUGUGAAGAGGGCACGACAAAGCCUAUUCUCCCUCAGGAGACUGAAAAGAUUUGGCAUGUGUCCUCAGAUCCUCAAAAAGUUCUACAGCUGCACCAUCGAGAACAUCCUGACUGGUUGCAUCUCCGCCUGGUAUGGCAACUGCUCGGCCUCCGACCGCAAGGCACUACAGAGGGUAGUGCGUACGGCCCAGUACAUCACUGGGGCCAAGCUUCCUUCCAUCCAGGACCUCUAUACCAAGCGGUGUCAGAGGAAGGCCCUAAAAAUUAUCAAAGACUCCAGCCACCCUAGUCAUAGACUGUUCUCUCUGCUACUGCACGGCAAGCGGUACCGGAGCGCCAAGUCUAGGUCCAAAAGGCUUCUUAACAGCUUCUACCUCCAAGCCAUAAAACUCCUGAACAGCUAAUCUCCCCACCCCCCUAUUUUAUGCUGCUGCUACUCUGUUUAUUAUUUAUGCAUAGUCACUUUAACUCUACCCACAUGUACAUAUUACCUAAAUUACCUCGACUAACCGGUGCCCCGCACAUUGACUCUGUACCGGUACCCCCUGUAUAUAGCCUCCCUACUGUUAUCUUAUUUUACUGCUGCUCUUUAAUUAUUUGCUAUUUUACUCAUCUAUUUUUUACUCAAAACUUUUUUUUUUUUACUGCAUUGUUGGUUAAGGGCUUGUAAGUAAGCAUUUCACGGUAAUUUCUACACCUGUUGUAUUCGGCACAUGUGGCAAAUAACAUUUGAUUUGAUGUCGCCCAGCACUGGGCGUGAACUCAUGAGGCUCGGAAGCCUGAGCGCGCUGCUUAGAGCACUGCACUACGGCAGUUAACAAUGCUCUGGUAAGCACUAAGAAUAAUAUGAAUACUGAUGAAACAUGGGCACUUCGUUUUGUUAUUAUUAUUAUUAUUAUUAUUAUUUUAUGCGUUCCCCAAACUAUAGCCUUAACCACUUGGAAUGAAUGCCAAAACUGUUAACCUUUGAGUCGUUUCUGUUUUAACAUCCAUGUGUGAAAGGGCCGGAUUCAAACGAAAAGCCGACUGGAAUGUGUGUGCCGGGGUCAAUGGCUGUAACCAUUGGACCACACAAGCACUGAAGAAAACAGAAAAAUAUUCUGCCUAUUUCUUUCCUUUAACCAAAAAAUGUUAAUACAUCUACCCCUUACAAAUAUGUAAAUGUAUUAUAAUCCACAUAAGAAUUCACACGAGACACGGUGUAGCCUGCAUGUAUCCUAUAUAAGGUACUACGUAGGUACGGUGUGCAUUGUAUACAAACACAGCUUCCAGCUGCCCCCUGGCGGUGAUUCUAAAUAUUUGUUCAGAUAUUAAAAUCCUCCUGCUGCAGGAUUAUUUUCCUGCUGUGACAAAAGGGGUCAAAUUAAGAUCCAACAUCUGUAACCAUGUCUUUCUGGAUUUUGAUGUGUGCUUGGGGUUAUUGUCUUGCUGGAAGAUCCACUUGCGGCCAAGUUUAAGCCUCCUAGCCUCCUGUCAGAGGCAACCAGGAUUUGGGCUAAAAUGUCCUGGGACUUGGUUAAGUUCAUUACAUUUACAUUUUAGUCAUUUAGCAGACACUCUUAUCCAGAGCGACUUACAGAAGCAAUUAGGGUUAAGUGCCUUGCUCAAGGGCACAUCGACAGAUUUUUCACCUAGUUGGCUCGGGGAUUAGAACCAGCAACCUUUCGGUUACUGGCACAACGCUCUUACCCACUAAGCUACCUGCCGCCCUGAUACCUUUGACCUUAACAAGGCAAAGGCCCCAAGACCAGUGUAAGUAAAAUAGCCCCAUAACAUCAUAUUUUACAAUAGGAAUGAGGUUAUUUUCUUAAUAUGCAUCCUUCUUUCGAACCCAAACCCACCACUGGUGUGCAUGGCCAAAGUAAUCUGAUCAUAGCACCUGUUCCAAUCCAUGUGCCACUGCCAUUUAGGAAACUUCAGACUACAUUUGUUGGUUGCUCUCUAUAAAGGCUUUUUUUCUGGCAACCCUUCCAAAUAGCCUAUUGGCAUGGAGGGGGCGUCUAAUUGUAGAUUUGGAGACUUUGUGACCCGAAGAUACACCAAGUUCUGUAAUUCUCCAACUACAGACUUUUCUUUGCCUCCCGAACCAUCUUCCUCUCUGUGCGUGGGACAAGAUACACAUGCAUCCAAUACCAGACAAGUUUACCACUGUUCCAUUGGUUUUAAACUUCUUAAUUAUUCCCCCGAAUAGCGGUAAGUGGUAUAUUAGUUUUUUUGUCUGGAUUUUUUUUUACCCAUUGCCUGAUUGAUAAAAGUCAACAACCAUUUCUCUCUUUUCAUUUGUGAGUGCUUUGCCUUUUCCCAUGCUGAUGGAUGACAAAGGGAUUUGACAUGCGUUUUAACAAAUGUUUAUACUCCAGUGAAACAGGAAGCCAUUGAAGGCCACAAUACAGUUCCUUAAGCUGAGAUUUACUUAAAAAAUAAUGUCAAUGCAGAUUUAAUUUAGUUUGUUUUUAUUUAAAAUAAUCUUUAGAGGUGCCAAUAAUUUUGACACCUAUCUUUUUUAGAAAAAAAGUGUUACUUGUUAAACAAAAUCUAAUUCUCUGAGCAAUUGUAUUGGUAUAAAAUAAUAUAAUUUCCCCAUUUUUUUUGGGCUUACAAUAUAGCUCAGUAUUUGUAUUAUUUAUUUUACACAGUCUAAUUUGCUCAUCUUUGUCAAGGGUGCCAAUCAUUUUGGACCUGAUUGUAUAUGCCAUCAAUGUUCCAUGAUACACUAAAUGAAACAAUGCACUUGUCCUUCCGAGCCCACCUGCGGUGCUACACCUGUGCCUUCCUGAACAGCGGAGGGGGCAGCCUGCUGGCGGGGGUGGACGAUGACGGGGUGGGGAGUAAGACACCAAUUAAUAUAUGAAUAAAAUGUCAUUGAGUAUAAUAAAUUGAUAAACAAAUGAAAACUGUUCAGAAUGUAAUAAAGCUGUAUCAAUUUGAUAAAAAAUAUAACCAUCAAAUGGAUAACUUCCACCCGUCCUAGGUCAGGGGGCUACGCUGUGACCACAGACAGGAGGACCAGGCACGGCCGCUGGUGGACUCCAUCCUAAAGGGCUUCCACCCUACCCUGUUACCACACUCCUACUCCCUGGCCUUUCUCCCAGUGGUCAGACUGGGGCCCGAGGGCCAGAAUCUGAAGGUGCUGUCUGUCUGUCUGUCUGUCUGUCUGUCUGUCUGUCUGUCUGUCUGUCUGUCUGUCUGUCUGUCUGUCUGUCUGUCUGUCUGUCUGUCUGUCUGUCUGUCUGUCUGUCUCCCUACCUGCCUGUCUGGUACUCUUGUCACUAUCCUGUCUGUCAAUCAGUCUCUAACCCAGCCUCUCUUCCUCCACCUCCAAGUGCUGCGCCUCACACUGUGCCCUCCUCCAGCCCUCACCCAGCAGGACCUGUACCAAACCGACCAGGGAGAGGUGUUCCUCAGGAGGGAUGGCAGUGUGGAGGGACCGCUGUCUGCUAGCACCAUCCAGGAGUAGGCCAGGCAGGUAGGCAGGAGAACUUAUGACUGGGCCUUUGUGGAGGCAUAUUAGGUAUACAGGAGAUUAGGGAACUUCUAUAUAUAUGACUUACAGGAGUGUGACAAGUAGUCUUAGCUUAGUUUAGCACUGGAUCGUGUUAUCUUAGCUUAGUUUAGCUAUAAAUCAUGGUCCAGCGGUGUUCAGCUAGCAGGUGGUGACAGCCUGUCUCUUUCUCUCCGUCUCCCCCUAGAGGUGGAGUGGGGAGGUGAGUAGUCUGCAGCACUUUGUGGAGGUCCUGCUGUCUGAGCAGAGACUGCUGCUGCAGGAGAUACGCCAGCAGAGCCAGGCCAUCGCUGCCCUGCAGAGUGCACAGACUCAGGCUCAGUCAGAGGCACAGGGAUAUACACAGGCUCCAACACAGCUACACAUACAUGUACACACACACACCCAGGCACAGGUACAUAUGAAGACACCUGCAACUGAGCCUUGGGGACAAGCUGAUGUAGAUAUUGGGGAAGUCAGGGCGAGCGACACCGGUAGACCGAGAUGACCCAUCAGUCACCCCACCACCACCCAGCUCAGCUCUGCCGCUGGUACCCUUCAUGGCUCCUGAUCUGGACGUGUGCCUGGGAACUCCAGGCAGGGCCCAUCUCUGCCCAUCUCUGUCCCCAACGGCACAAUCAAGUCCCUGGACCCCCACACUGCCCUCAGUGCCAAUGUACAGAGUGCAGAUCAAAUAUCUGCAGACUGAUGUGAAUGAAUGGCCAGGUUCAAUCUUCAACCAUCUGAAUGUCGAUAGAUAUAAUCCACCCUUCCACUGAAAUACAACCCAUCUCUCUCAGUCAGUGACUAAUGUGUUAAGUUUUCUCUCUAGAAGCUAAAACAUAUCUCUAGUACCUCCAAUACACCAAUGAGAUGAACAGUAGGCAUUACAGUGCUGCCUUGUCUGCAUUAUGCUGCAGUACCAUAAACACGUACACCAGGUGGCAGCAGAGAUCCAUCCCUCCCUCACAGUCGUCACUAAUUACCACAGCCACAAAGUCAUAAACCCCGCCUAUUUCUACCAUUUCUCUUCUUAAAAUGUGAUUUUAAACCAAACCCUAACCUUAACCUUAUUAUGCCUAACUCUAACCUUAAAUUAAGACCAAAAAGCUAAUUUUUGUUUUCAUGAAUUUUUACGGUAUAGCCCAUUUUGACUUUGGGGUCAAAGUCUAUCUUCUCUAGUGUUAAACAGACCUUACUGUCUGCUUCCUGUUAUGGUUCAGAAUGUAUGUCACAUAUCCUGUUCUGUUCUCCUUUUCUGCCUGACUAAAAACAUCUUCAAUGUUUUUCAUCUGUUUUUACUGCGGUCAUCUGCAGAGAGCGACAUACAGUAACCGUGUGUGUGUUUGUGUGUGUGUUUGUGUGUACAUGUCUACUGAUCAUCAUGUUUGUCUGUCAGGGGAUAGUUGAGUCAUAUUUCUCAGUGUAAACCGCUUCAGCUCCAACCCACGUACUGUAGGGUAUGUCACAUGUUGUGUUGUUGUGUUGUCAUCAUAUCACCAUGCAUGUUGUCACCAAAGGGGAAUGCUUCUGGCAGGGAUCAGUCUUUAUGAGGCAUAGCUGAUACACUAUUUAGGGGGUCAUGGUGUUUACAGUGUAUGUGAGUGGUGCACAUGUGUUUCUGUGUGUAAAUGCAGUGGGCCUUUGGGCUAUGGGGGUGUGUGUUUGUUGUGUACACUGUCACCACAUCCUCACACAGAAAGCAGGAAUGCUCUUGAAAUCUUAACUUCUGAUGUGGCCAGACACACACGCACACCCACACACACGCACGCACGCAUGCGCACACACACACAAACACACACACACACAAACAGAAAAGACAAGUGAAAAAGAGGACAGAGAGAAAGAAAGAGAGAGAGAGAGAGAGACAGAGACCGAGAGAAAGAGAGAGAGAGACUGAGAGAGAAAGAGAGCGGGGGAGUCUAUAUUGUGAGGCAUACGUAGGUUCCCAGUGGGUCUGUUCCUCUCACCAGAGGAGUGAAUUUGCAUGGCUGAGUCAGCAUGCCACUUGCACCACACACAUAAACUGCUUAGGAAAUCCCCCUCUUCCAAUGGUUGGGGUGACUCAUUGUUGUGCGGGCGGUAGGUGUGCAGUGCUCUCUACCUGCAGUCCAUUGAGUGUACAUUAUGAUUCUAUGUGUGUGUCUCUUGGGAAGCCUGUCCCAGAGAUUGGUAGUGUAGUGUGAAUGGGAGGCAGGAAUCUCAUGGCCGCUCUUUCACAGGAAAUUCAUCCAGGACAGCAAAUAAUGGUGCUGUAGACGUUGAUACAGAAGGCCUUCUUUGGCCAUCCUAAGUCCUUCCUUGUUCUCUACCAUUGCCAUUUAUUUAUAUGACAUAUUAUUACAGACAGUAUUGAAACCCAUCCUCACUUUGUCCUGUUACCAUAGAUACAAUAGCCUAGGCUACAUCUUGAUAAACGCUGAAAUGUUUUGCAUUUCAGUGAUAUGUCUGCAGCCAUUACUACUCAGUCAACCAUUUCUUAUGAUCACAUCAUCAUGCAAAUCCCUACAGAUAAGCAACUAUUAUCAAUAGACUCCUCAGCCUCAUUUACCUUGUUCACCUGUCCUUGUAAAAUCCACCUCAUUGUAGUUCAAUGGUUACCAUGCCUGUAAAGAGAUCAUUGAUAUUAACUACGUGGUAUAAGAUACAGUAUGUUAUCUGAAAAAGUAUCAAAAUGGCUGUUGGAAGAGUGGGGUCGUGCUGACAGUGUGAUGCCACACAUGGUUGUUUGUCUGCUUAAGUGACGUUCAUGAGAAAGAUGGUAGUGACUGCUGCAUGCACACACAAACACACACUGCUGCGUUCCAAUCUAAUCAAAAUGACACAGUGACCUUGGAAAAGAACAGUCAAUGGUAUUUUUAGACUGCCAUUCUUCUCACAGGGGAUCUUAUUUUCUUUUCCUCCUGUUCUUCUCCUUUUCGUUCUUGCUCCAGUCGAGCGCCACCGUGCCUGCCUGCCUGGGACCUGCCUACCUGGGGCCUGCCUGCCUGGGGCCUUUGUGUGUGUGCGUGCGCUUGCGCUUCUGCGUGUGUGUAUAA